AUAUAUAGGACAUUUGCUCCAUGCUAGUUAAAAUUUAUGUUAAAUAAGUCAUAUCAGACAUAUCUGAAAAAAAUCACACACAAAAAAAAAAGUGUUAAAAACGUCAUGGGACACCAAAGUGUGAGUAUUCAAGGUAUGUAACCGUUCGAAACGCGUUUGUAAUCCUUUCCAUUGCGCACGGUCAAGGCGCUGUGAACAAUUUCACCUUAACAAAAAAACUUAAAUGUUUACUUCUACAUCUGUCACAUAUAAAAUAACCUUUAUUACCAAAAGGCAGAUGAACAAUGAGGCGAUUAUGCUGUGGCACUGCCUACCUAGACAGCACUUCGGACAUUCUAGCUGCGUUUCUUGUCGGUUUAUCUGACUCGGAGCGCAGCUGUGAUGGCCAAACGUGCUCUCUGUGCAGGCAGGUCAUAGGAUACGAGACACAUCCUGUGUCCAAGACACUUGAGAUGAUUGUUUCGCUUUGAAUAAUUGUACGCAUCAUCACGUAAAAUCUGUUGACGCAAUUAAUUUUCCCCCCUAUUUUCCGACGUGACAACCCCGGAAACCCGGGAGCUAUUUUUAUUUCUGCGAGAAUCGCAUUUAAAUCUCCAUGACAGAGUCGGUGGAGCGGUCUUCGGGAUAUGAUGUUCAUCACAUUGAGAAGUACCUCGAAUGAGUCGCGAAGAAUUAAAACCAGCCAGCUAAAGAAUCCAUGGAAUGUAACUUGGAGACCUCAGUCGAUUAGAAAAACAUACCUACACUUGUUGAAUAAGACUCUGUGAACAUGAGGUUAGAAAGAUGAACAUGUCUGAGGAGCAAAUAAACUGCACUAUAAGCUACGAGAUUCACCAGUACCUGUUUUCGGUUGCGUACAUCCUUGUCCUGCUAGUGGGUCUUCCUGCCAAUACUUACUCGCUGUACCAUGCCUGGCUGCAACUGAAAGCCCGAAAUGAGCUGGGGGUCUACUUGUUAAACCUGACCAUAUCCGAUCUGCUGUACCUGGCCUCCCUGCCCCUCUGGCUCAAGUAUAUCUUCCAAGGGGACAACUGGAGCAGCUCUGAGUGGCUCUGCCAACUGUCUGGUUUCCUGCUCUACGAGAACGUCUAUGUCAGCAUUGGUUUUCUGUGCUGUAUCUCCAUUGACCGGUACCUGGCAGUGGUCUACCCUUUCCACUUCAAGGCAUUCCGAUCGGUACGAGCAGCAUCGCUGGUCAGUGUGGUGGUCUGGCUCAAAGAGCUUGCCGUAGGAAUGGUGUUCUUCUGGCACAAGGAGCUCAGCAGAGACAGGAACAACCAAUCUGUGUGCUUUGAGCACUACCCCAUGAAGACAUGGGAGUACCCAAUAAACUACUACCGCUUUCACAUAGGUUUCCUGUUCCCUUUAGGAAUCCUCUCUGUGUCGUACUUUCGAGUCCUCCGAGCAGUGGGCAAGAGUGCAGGCACACAGACUGCCCAGAAAACUCGCAUCAAGUACCUGGUGACCAGCACCAUCGUCAUCUUCCUGGUUUGCUUCUCACCAUACCACAUCUUUCUGCUGGUACGCACCAUAUUUGAGCGGGACUGUGACUUCAUUGAGAACAUUUUCAACUACUACCACUUCUCUCUGUUGCUUACUAGUUUUAACUGCGUGGCGGAUCCAGCGCUCUAUUGUUUUAUCAGUGAGAGUGCCCAAAAGAGCAUCCAGAGGGCUCAGGAAGCUUGUACUCGGGUCUUAUGCUGUUGCUCAAAAAGUCAUGGAAGGUUCAACACACACUCUACCGAGCUUGCAGCCGCCAAUGAAAAUGUUACAGGUACCUCAGUAGUGACUUUCUUGCAGCAGAUCAAAACUGAUGUUUGAACAUUUUUGUUGUAUUAAUUAUCCAUACAAAGGACAUCGUACCCUUUAGCUACAGGCUCUUCAGUGGACAAAGGAAGCAUCAUAGAUGUACAGCUGCAUAUAUAUAUAUUUUUUUUAUUUUGCAUUGGUUUAAACAUUAUCCGACUUUGUCAGAGUCAGUCCUGUAUUUAGUUCUAAAAAUGAAUAGUAGUAUUUCAUGCUUUUGCUAAACUAGCCUGCUAACUGUUACGUGGUGUAAUGCUCAGGGAUUGCUACCUUGAAAAUCACUAGUGGAUGACAUUUGAUGUUUUAGGAACCAAUGAGCUAAACGUGCAUGUAGCGGUUAAAAAUCUGUGUCCAAGACUAAAACCAUUUCUUUGCUUUCAAACCUCAUAGGUUUCCAGUUUCUUUAAUACUGUACUUAACCCAAAAAUGAAAAUUCUGUCAUAAUUUACUCACCCUAAUGAAUAUAGUCUGUAGUUAUCACUGCAAAUAUUUCUUUUUUUCAGAUGCAAACUUCGCGAGUCAGAUUUAGUUAUGAAACAUAGUUACGUUCAUUGAUGUGAAACCAGGCACAAUACAAAUGUGAUGAUACUUUUAUGGUGCUUUUAUGUUCUUUUUGGUGUAUAAAGGGGUCAUAUGAUGCUGCUAAAAAGAACAUUAUUGGUGUAAAUAAAUGUUUAUGCGGUUUAAGGUUCAAAAAUCACAUUA